ACAUGUGUGCAUAUUGCAUUUUCAUGUUCUAUAUAUAAAUAAAAAUAUGCUAUGAUUAUCGAAAGCAACUGUAAAAUUAAUUAAUUUGAAUUUAAAAUUAGAAAGUUCUCAUAAAUAAGGGCACAAUUUAUAAACUGAAUAGCAAUAUUCUUUUAGAAGAAAAAGUCUUUUACGUUAGAAAAAUCAUAGGCGUAUGCCUAACUUUAAAAUUAAAAAUAUUCUUAAAACUUUAUUAACACUGGUGCUGUUAAAGUUGGAGUUUUGCGGGUGAGGGAUCAACUUUCUCUCCGGAUUGGGCCACCAAUGACCAGACAGCCGAUUCACAUUGCCAUCAAACAUUUUUCAUAGCCAAGGCUUCACCUCAACCGUAAUUGAGGCUGCAAAACUAUCCAUAUUAAUCUCUUUAACCCCCUCUUUUGCGUAUAGUAUCAAAUGUUUCUCGGAGAUCAUCCAGGUCUCUAUCUCGUUUUGCUCCUCCACCUCCUCCCUUCUGCCACCUGUAUCAAGAACUCGCAGCCAUAUACUCCUACAGAUCUCAUCCUCCUGGAUUGUGGCGCAUCGUCUAGUUCUACAUCGCUGGAUGGACGCAACUGGGUUGGUGAUGCCAACUCCAAAUUUCAUGCCUCUAACUCUGAAACCGCGUCAUCUGCGUUUGUAGCUUCUCAGCAAGACCCAUCUGUAACUCAAGUCCCUUACAUGACUGCCCGUGUUUUUCAUUCCCAAUUCACCUACACCUUUCCCGUCUCCCCUGGCCCAAAGUUUGUUCGUCUCUACUUCUAUCCAGCUACUUACUCCACCCUUGACAUUUCAAAAUCUUUUUUCUCUGUUAGCGCCAAUAAUUACACUCUUCUUAAUAACUUUAGUGCCUCUCUUGCUGUUUCUGCUGUGAAUCCUUCUGUCGCCUCCCUCAUAAAAGAGUAUAUCAUCACCGUGUGGGAUAACCAAAAGCUUGACCUCACGUUCUCUCCAUCUCCAAGUUCUUUUUCCUUCAUAAAUGGCAUCGAGAUUGUUUCCAUGCCCAAGGACCUCUAUGUCAGCGGCAACGAUAAUCCACUUCCUUAUGUGGGCGCCGAGAAUAACCCAUUUCAUUUGGAUAACACUACUGCUCUUGAGACAUUUUAUCGACUGAAUGUUGGUGGAAAGGAUAUCAGCAGCAAAGAUGACACCGGAAUGUAUAGGACAUGGCUUCAAGAUUCAAAUUACAUCUUUGGUGGUGGACUUGGUGUCACAGUUAUUCCACGUGAUGUCAAAGUGCAGUAUACAGCGAAGACACCACCCUACACUGCACCUGUAAUGGUAUAUAAAACUAUGCGUUCUAUGGGUGGUGGUUCGAACGUUAGCCUGAGGUACAACCUCACAUGGUACUUCUCCGUUGAUGCUGGUUUCAACUAUCUUCUUAGGCUCCAUUUUUGUGAGUUUCGAUCUGAGGUCACAGAUAGCUUUCAAGAGGUGUUCUUUCUAUUCAUCAAUAAUCAAACAGUUGAGAAAAUGGCAGAUGUAAUCCUCUGGUCCGGCGGUAACAGUGUUCCGGUGUACAGAGACUACGUCGUGUGGAUCCCAAAAGGCAGCCAGAGCAAGCAGGAUUUGUGGCUCGCUUUACACCCCAAUUAUGAUGGCAAAUUUACAUAUGCUGAUGCGUUUUUGAACGGCCUAGAGAUAUUCAAGUUGAACAAUUCAGACGGUAGUCUGCCCUCCUUUGGCCAAGUGGUACUGGCGGCUCCUCCACCACUAGAAGGACUUCCCAAAUUUAGAGGAAAGGCUAAUAAGAAAGGAUCACUGGUAGUAAUCGUUGGUUGUUCUGUUUUUAGUGGUGUUCUAGUGCUAUUCCUAAUUAUUUGUUUCUUUGUCGUUAAACAAAGGAGAGCGAAGGACUCUGGAAGGAGUGAAGCAAAGUCUUUCCGGCUCCUCUUCUCCCACAAUUCAAGGUCCUCAGCCACGAAGGCCAUGAGGCCUACUAAAACUUGCCGGCGAUUCUCCAUCUUCGAAAUAGAAGUGGCCACAACCAAAUUCGAUGAUGAAUUUGUUAUUGGAUCUGGGGGAUUUGGAGAUGUUUAUAAAGGGUUUAUAGAUGAUGGUGCAACUACAGUAGCAAUUAAGCGGUUAAAUUCAUCAUCAAGGCAAGGGACUCGCGAGUUCAGAACGGAGAUCGACAUGCUCUCCAAGCUUCACAAUCCCCAUCUUGUGUCUCUGAUUGGAUACUGCGACGAUCCUGGUGAAAUGAUCCUUGUCUAUGAAUACAUGCAUAGAGGAACCCUCCGCGAUCAUCUCUACAAAACCCGGAAUCCUCCUCUUUCAUGGAAACAGAGGCUAGAGAUAUGCAUUGGGGCGGCACGAGGACUGCAUUAUCUUCAUACAGGUGCGAAGCACCCAAUCAUUCACCGUGAUGUGAAGUCAACGAACAUACUGAUAGAUGAGAACUGGGUAGCCAAGGUUUCAGACUUUGGUUUGUCUAGAAUGGGUCCCACCAGCGAGUCCCAAACCCACGUCAGCACUGUAGUUAGGGGAAGUUUUGGAUAUGUAGAUCCAGAGUACUACCGUAGGCAACACCUGACGGAAAAAUCUGAUGUGUACUCAUUUGGAGUCGUUCUUUUUGAGGUGCUCUGCGCCAGGCCACCAGUGAUUCCAGGGCUACCAAGAGAGCAAGUAAAUUUAGCAGAUUGGGCCCGAAUUUGCUACAGAAGAGGAGCUCUUCAUCAAAUACUGGACCCCCAUUUGAGGGGAAAUAUCGACCCAGUCUGUCUGGACAAAUUUGGAGAGAUUGCUGAGAGUUGUCUCCGUGACCAAGGAAAGCAAAGGCCAGCAAUGAGCGAUGUGAUAUGUGGGCUUGAGUACGCUUUGCAGCUUCAAGCGACUGCUGAGAACAAUAGAAAUAGUGUUGAUAGAGUGAGUGAGGAACAGGAAAGUCCAUUCUUGUUGCGUGGAGAAGCUGUUACUACUGACGAUGAUGACUUGUUUAGCGUCUCAGGUGGACACAAGGAUGAAUCCAGGAGCUCAGUGAGUAGUGGUAAAAGAAGCGCCGCCAGAACCGAUCCUGACAGAAUGAGGUCGGAUACUGUAUUCUCAGAAAUUAUGAACUCAAAGGGAAGAUGAAAUGCUGAGGUGGAUUUGUCCGCCUUUCAUAAAUUUUUUUAAUAGAUUGUAUUCAAGGUGUGGAAGUCUAUACUUUUAAUAAUAAUAAUAAUGCACUCACAGGCUUAGUCCAGUGAUAAGUGCAUCUGAGUAAA